AUGGAGCGGCACAGAGACUGCUUGCAGCGUCGUCGGCGAAUUCUUGGAGAGAACCACGAGGAAACUCUGCAAAGCGUCUCCAACUUGGCCGUGUUGCUGAGCUUACGCAGGCCCUUGACUGUCGAGAUCUUUGACGAAGCUCGAUCUCUGUACAGCUUGGCUGUGAAAGGCCGAGAGGCAACCAUCGGGGCAAAGGAUCCCAGGACGCUAUACACGCAGAGCAACUUCGCCCGUUUUCUGUCGGAGGCACCGGAACCUUCGGCAGAGCUGUUCGCAGAGUCCGAGCAGCUCCAUGAGCGGGCAGUGGAAAAUCUCACAGCUGCUCUGCAACAGGGGCACCCGCUGACGUUGGCAUCUCUUCACAACCAAGCCUGUUCUUGGAUUGACCGAUGCUUCCACGAGGAAGGCAGCCUCACAGGAAAGCGUGUCGACACGGCCGUGGAGCAGCUCCGCUUAGUGCACAAGCUGCGGAUUGAAAAGCUUGGCAAGGAGCACCCGGACACGCAACAGACAGAAAAGAAAAUCUCAGAGAUCAACAACCUUCAGAAACA